AUGUACUCAACAAUAAGUUAUUUCAACAAAAAUUUAAUUUUAUUGUUAUUUAUUAUUUUUAUAAACGUUUAUUGUGAUUUUUUGACAAAUGAAGAUUUUUAUAAUGCUAGAUUUAUUUUGAAUGAUGUACCAUUGACACAACGAUUACAUGAUAUGAGAAUUCCUAAAACUAGAUUUAAAAGAGGAAGUGUAGUAAUUUAUGAUCAAGAUAAAUGGCCUGAUGGAAGAGUUCCAUAUCAAUUAUCAUCACAAUAUACCUUAAGACAACGUGCAGUUAUUGCUAAAGCUUUUAAUGCUUAUUAUACUAGAACAUGUAUAGAAUUUGUUCCCAGAAAUUCUACUGAUAUUGAUUAUGUUUAUAUAUCUAAAAAAGAUGGAUGUUAUGCUGAUUUUGCUAGAGUUGGAGGAAAACAAGAAGUUUCAUUGGCUGAUGAAUGUGUUGACUAUCCAACAGUCAUCCAUGAAUUAAUGCAUGUAAUUGGUUUUAUUCAUGAACAUCAAAGAAGUGAUAGAGAUGAAUAUAUUAAAGUUAUCUGGAAAAAUAUUAUUGAUGGUGCUAAUACAGAUUUUGAAAAAUUAAAUUCACUAGGAUUAAGUAAUUAUGGUGAAACAUAUGACUAUUUUUCUAUUAUGCAUUAUGAAAGUACUGAGGGUUCAAGAAAUGGUCAAAAUACACUUGAAUCAUUGAUACCUGCAUUUACCACAUUAAUGGGAAAAGCACUAGAUUUUACUGCUGGAGAUUUAAGAAGAGUAAAUAAAGCGUAUAGAUGUGAUGAUUCAAUUAGAUUUAGAAAAUGA